UAUUUUCUUUGUUUUGAUCUUUUUUUGGUUAUUACUUAUUUAUUAGGAUAAUGUAUUAAACCUUUUUUUUUAAGUAGGAACAGUCGUAUGACAAUAGACUUUAGCCCACUCAAUCGUUAUUUUUAAAAUGAUAACCAACAUUACAGGUCAUAGAAUCAAAACUCUCACUUGGGAUCAUUUUGAAUGAUCACUCCCACUAUAAUAGUCAAACAAAUGCAGAAUUAUAAAAAAACAUUAUGAUACGCUAUAUACACUUAAGACAAUUUUCAUCUUGUGGUUUGAAGUUCAUCGACACCACUGAUCUUUGUACUGACGACAUCCAUCGGAUCUUAUGGGCAAGUUUAGACCUAAAAGCGCACAGUCAAACUUUGGGAAAGCCUCUAGUGAAUCGGCGAGUGACGUUGUUGUGUCAGCGACAGUGUGGUUGUAUCAACUUUGUCGUCCAGUCUGCGUUGAAGAAUCUCGGGGCAGACUUACGGCUCAUGGUUGCGCCUAGGUGGGAGCUCUCAAGGUACAGAAGGGACGUGGGUAGGUUCCACUCGCUCUACUCCGACCUGAUCCUAGUGCAGAGUCGCAACCACAAACGAGUAUGUGAGUUAGUGGAUGGAGCGAAUGCUACACCAGUGGUCAACAUCAGUAGUCACAUGUUCACACCUCUGCAUGGUCUCGGCCUCUUGGCGACUCUACAGGAACACUUCGGGCACCUGGAUGGCCUGACUGUAGCGUGGCUCGGCCCCCUGGGCAACCAUCUGAAUACUCUCCUCUACCUGCUACCGAAGUUAAUUCAAUUCAAGGUAGGUGUCCAUCUGCGAUACAACUGUUCUCCGCGUCCCGAUCAUCCUGGCUCUCCUAUCGUGAAACAGAGAAGUCUCUCGAUCUGCGAGACUCACAACACAAGCAUUCAGGAGUUGAGGGACCCUGCAGAGACAAUCAGAGGCGCCGAUGUCAUCGCAACAGCCAAACAUCGGAGGGAAACAGUCAGAAUAGAACUGAAGAUGACAGAGACAGCCAAGAACGGCUGGGUGUUCCUUCACAUGCUCCCACGUUGGGAAGGCGACGUUUGUGAGGAAGUGUUCACCCAUAAAAACUCCUUAGUGUGGAAACUCCAUGAAAACAUCUACUACACCACCAUGGCUGUUGUGAUGGGAUUAUUGGAAAAUUAUAAACCUACUAUGUCAAAACCAAAUUUUGGGAAAAUUACCCAUUAAAGUGUAGUUUUUGCAAUUAAAGAAAUUGUAUCAAAAGUGUUCUUUGAUUUACUGGUAUGUCAAAUAUAUAUUUUUUACGAUGGUA